CAAAUUUUAGGUUAGGUUGUCCGACAAUCCGACUUUGAUUGAGGUUAGAAGUAAAAGUGUUUGAAAUGAUAAAUUACAUAAUAAAAAAUGAAUUAUAAUUACAUUAUCUCAGUACUGUGUUUAUUAAAAUUAUAAAACUAUUUUUUUGCUGAAUUUGUUGAUGAUCUAGUUUUAGGACAAUCAAUCGGUGCUUGAAUAAGAUACCAGUAGCCUAGAGCUUCGUCUUGGAUUGGAAAUGAUCGCCAUCACAAGAAGACUCUUCACUCAGGACAGAAUCUAUCGCACGUUACAUCAGCUGACCAGUGUUUCAGUGUGCAAUUCGCAUACUUACUGCGUUGAACAACUUGGUGAAAGAGCAAUCCUCGAAGUAACAGGAACCGACGCCUCCUCAUUCCUCCAAGGUCUCAUCACAAACGAUAUCCGCCAUUUGGACGAUGGCUCAAAAAGUAUGUUCACUAUGUUCUUGAAUUCGAAAGGCUGUGUUCUCUAUGACUCAAUCAUUCACAAGGUACUCGACAAAUUCUAUGUAGAAUGCGAUGUUAGCGGUGCUGCAUCCCUUGAAAAACAUUUGAAAAUGUUUAAAGUGAGGAGGAAGGUUGAUGUAAAAGUAGCAGACUCACUAAGGGUGUGGUCAGUGUUUGAUCCGAAACUCCUCCACGAAUUAAAUCUGAAAGAUGUUGGAUCGAAAGUAGGGAAAGAUAUUACCCAAGAAACAGUAGUUCCUUGUCAGGGAGUCAAUGACGAUCAAGGGUUAGAAUUAGAUAAUGAAUUAGCUAACGAUCUAACUAAUAAUUGUUUGACCAUGAGUAAUGACCCUAGGCUACUAAGUCUCGGGCUACGUGUGAUUGCUAGCACCGACGUCAAUGUGACUGAUAUAAUCAAAGAUUACAAUAAUUAUUUCCCCCAUCAUUAACAUAUGUUUCCAAACAACUUGUUCAUGAGUUAUAAAUAUGUUCCCGAAUGUACAACCUGUUCAUGAGUUUAAGAAAGUCCUCAGUGAUCAGGACUAGAAAGGUAUUGAAACAUAUCAAAGAAAGAUGAAACAAGAAUUCAAUACCUUACAAAAAUCAACAAAAUUUGAAUGGUCUCCGAAAUUGAUAUUAUAUUUGCUUGCCAUCAAAUGUUAGUCUAGAGUUCAUUAAUUCAAAAUUCACUUCUCCAAAAUGUCUCAUUUAGAAGCAAAUAUCGUUGAAAUGAAUCACCUUAAUACUUGCACAUUUUUCAUAAAUACUCCUGUCAUUUUUCUAGUCAGAUCAUCAACUCACAUGUCACAAACCAUUAUUUUAGUUGAUAUAAUUUAACAAUUAGCUAUUGUUCUUUCAGAACGGGACUUCUUGAAUUUUCAAAGAGGUUCUAGAUUUUUACAAAAAUAAUUGUUCUUUUAUUAAUAAAUCAGUUGAUCGUUA